CAACGUCCUUGACAGAAAGGAUUCCUUCAAUUUUAGAACAGAAGAGUCCCGUAGCGUCUACCCGAACCUUUUGUUGUACCAGCAACCCCAUUGAAACUCGAAGGGAGCCUCUGGGACCCAUGGAUGACACCAGACUUCAGCAGCGCUCCUAGCGUUCCUUCUGCGAAGCCUCAACUUGGGCCAGCAGAGGCAGUUGGGCCAACGCAAAUACGAGUGCACGUAGAAAGUUCAGGCCUAUACGCCGUGUCAUCUAAUCCCUCUCGCCAUCACCCAGCGUCCACCAGUGGAGUCGAGGGCGCAUCGCCGGAGCGA